UGUCCCCUGCAGGUAGAAAUAGAAAAUUGUGUUCCGUAUCUUAUUUGUAGCAUGAUGACCGCUUACUAGCCUUUUAGCUAGCUGCAGUCACGUAAACGAGACAGUCAUUUAACAAAAAUAUGAACGUUCGUUAGGCAUUAAUAGUGAAUUACCUGAGGACGAGAAUGAGUCGACGAAAUAAUCACUCGUUUUAUGAUUCUGGACCGCCGAAUAAAUACACUGCUCAUGGAAGCAUCACACCAACCCAGCGAAGUACAGAAACAAGCCAUGUUUAUACUCACCACACAAGGCACUCGACCGUAAGCCCAGAAUCCUACAACUCUCAGCAAACAAGCAACUCAGAAAAAGCCGAGCUCUACGACCCGUAUGAUCCUGAUCCGGGCUCAUCAUCAGACUCUGAAGUGGAGCCUUCCAAAGGCAGGGAAGACCAUCACAGACACAGAGUUAGUGGAGGGAGCAGCCGCCUGAGUAGUGGAUAUCAAGGCUCCGCUUCAGGAGCUGGACAUAGUGACGGCUUCAACUGGGAUUUGUUAUACUCUCGGCCUGGUACAAGAUAUGAAGAGUCGAGCCAUGGCAUCAGACAUGAGCAGUCGAGCCAUGGCUCCAGACCUGACCAGUCCAGCCAUGGCUCCAGACCUGACCAGUCCAGCCAUGACCACUCAGAACGGUCAUUGCCCACGACAGAAACCCCACUAUUCCCCCUCAAUGCAUAUUGGGGGCAGGGGGAAAAUGGGAGAGAAAUGUCCACAACCGCAGUACCUGACAAAGAGACAAGAAAUCCACCAGGGUUUACCCGGUCCCACUGGGAUACCAACCCCAAUCAUCGCCAAUCAGAAUCUAGUGGAAGAGGAGGGGACCAAACCAAGUCUCCCCCAGAGGUCACGAAGAAGAGAAGCAGAAGCCCAAAUGAGGACAUACCAAGUGAUUUUUUCACCUGUGACAUGUGUAACUUGGAUUUCCAUAAAGCGAGUGUCCUUGAGGUGCAUCUGAAGUGCAAUAGUCACUGGGAGACCCUGGAGCACAUCCAAAAUCAAAACAACUACGACGACACGGCAAUCGCAUUUUUACAUGAGGCCAUGUUAACCAAAGUCCGGCAAGGUGAUAGACCGCAGAUGAACAGACAAAGCCUUAGAGCGUUGCAGGACAAGGAUUACAUGACAAAGGUAGAUAUUUUCCACUGUGCUCCUUGCCAAGUCUACGUCUCCGUACAUCCAUCGUCACUGCAGGAUCACCUGAGCUCCAAAGACCACCUGAGGAACAAAAUGGAAUUUAGAACGAAACAGUUGCGGGAAAGUGUGAACUUCGCGAAGGCCACCAUGAAACGAAUGAAGACUGAGUAUGCAAGCUUCUGUGAGGGCAAGGAUCCUUUUGAACAGUCAUCAUGAGGGCCAUGAAGAAUAGGCAAACAGUUGAUGCUAACUGCUAGCUACUGGCUAUGGACAACUAUGGACAGCCAACAACCACCUAUUAAAACCAACUAGACAAAGUCCAAAUGGACAUAGUCUGUGCCCUGAGCGUUGAUGUUCAGUCUUAUGUACCUCUAAACUAAUACAGAAUAAUCUAAACUAAUACAGAAUAAUCUUAACUAAUACAGAAUACCUGUUUUCCUUGAGUGUGGAGCAUCCAUUAGCUAGAUAUCACGUAGUUGAGAACUUGUAGUCAUUUUGUGUUUGAUGUAGACAUUUCUUCACGUAAGAACAUCCAUCUGUAACUGUGGACCUUUUUAUUUUUCAGUUGGAAAUGGUUUUAAUUUCAAUAGAUAUUGAAGCACAUUUGCAAUGUUUUUCCCGCAAUUAUCAUUUGUCCAUAGAACUUCUGCUUCGAUUCAUUGUGAGAUUUAAGGUUUGAAAUACUGCUAUGUUUUGUUUCCUGGAGAAAUACGGUCUUUACAGGCUUUCCCCAACUUUGUAGUUUCUUACAAUCAUUAAAAAAGAAUAAUACCCAAAAAUAAAUGUUU